AUGGCUGCGGGAGCAUCGAGCGCUCAGGCGCGCUUCGAGCUUGAGAACGACAUUCGGGCGGUGGAUGCGGUCUACACGUACGACAAUCCGCAGCAGCAAAAGUGGCUCUCCGCCAAGCCGUGGACGCGCGACCCGCGCUACUUCAAGAACGUGCGCAUCUCGGCGCUCGCGCUCAUAAAGAUGGUGAUGCACGCGCGCGGGGGCGGCACCAUCGAGGUGAUGGGGCUGAUGCAGGGCAAGAUCGACCUCGACGACCCGCGCGGCCCGACCCUCAUUGUGCUCGACGCGUUUGCGCUGCCGGUGGAGGCGACAGAGACGCGGGUCAAUGCGAUGGCGGACGCUUACGAGUACAUGGUCGAGUUCCAGUCGCUGGCUCGCGAGGCGGGGCGCGCCGAGAACGUGAUCGGCUGGUACCACUCGCACCCCGGCUACGGCUGCUGGCUCUCGGGCAUCGACGUCAACACGCAGAUGCUCAACCAGCAGUUCCAGGAGCCGUGGCUCGCCGUCGUCAUCGACCCGACCCGUACCGCUUCGACGGGCAGGGUGGAGAUCGGCGCCUUCCGCACCUACCCGCAGGGCUACAAGCCGCCCGAAGGCGCGCGUGACGAGUUCGAGUCGGUGCCGCUCGCCAAGAUUGAGGACUUUGGCGCGCACCAGGACCAGUACUACCAGCUCGAGAUCUCCUUCUUCAAGUCGGCGUCCGACACGGCGCUGCUCAACACGCUGUGGAACAAGUACUGGGUCGCGACCCUCUCCUCCUCGCCCAUCCUCGCCAACGCCGGCUACAUGACCGACCAGCUCAAGGACCUCGCGGACAAGGUGGAGCAGGCGGACGGCCAGAUUGCUCACUUUGGGCGCGGCGGCAGCUACCUCGGGAUGGCGGAGCGGGCGCCCAAGGGCAAGGACGAGACGCAGCUCAAGAAGCUGGUCAAGGGCGCCUCCAAGCUCUCGCGAGAGCACGUGCAGGGGAUGAUGCAGCAGAUCCUCAAGGACAACAUCUUCAACAAGAGCUCCGGCGCGGCGUCAGAGGCGGCCAUGGACACCUCGUCGUGA